AUGCUUGAACGUGCGAAUCGCAGGAAACAAUAUUUUGACGAUGAUGGCAACUUGUUGCGGGUUCAAGAACUCAUUCCAACCCGUCUUGAAGAUGCCUUGGCAGUCUACAAGAUCGAGGGCUUGUCGGAGGAAGAGAUCAAGAAGGCGGCGGACUUCAUAAGGGCCUGUCUUCGCUUCGAUUAUAAACAGCGAGCCACCGCUAAAGAACUCCAGAACAUCCAUUUCUUGCUGAUGCUUUCAAAUGCUAGCCGAACCGCUUGUUAG